AUGAAAGCUAUUGUAAUAAAUAAUUGGUUAAAAAAUGUUGAUGAAAUGAAAAUUUAUGAUAAUGCACCUGAACCAAAUUUAUGCGAUGAUCAAGUGUUGGUUGAGAUUAGAGCUGCUGCUUUGAAUUUUUUUGAUAUUUUACAGGUUCAAGGAAAGUAUCAAAUUAAGCCACCCUUUCCAUUUACACCUGGAAUUGAGUUUGCUGGAAUCGUGAUUAAGGCAGGGAAAAAUUGUAAAAAAUCAUUUAGACCAGGAGAUAAAGUAUUUGGUUGCGCACAAGGAUCUUUUGCGGAGCGUGUUGCUGCAUUAAGUAGUGAUGUAUAUUUAAUACCUGAUGGGUUGAGCUUUGAAGAGGCUGCAGGGUUAUUUGUUACGUAUCCUACUAGUUAUGCUGCUUUGGUUAUUAGAGCAAAGUUACAAAAAGAUGAAUGGUGCCUCGUUCAUGGUGCAGCUGGUGGUGUCGGUAUUGUAGCUGUUCAAGUUGCUAAACUUCUUGGAGCAAAAGUUAUUGCUGCAGCAGGAUCACCAGAAAAGUUAGACAUUGCAAAGAAAUUAGGUGCAGAUUAUACAAUUAAUUAUAAUGAGAAAGAUUGGCAAAAACAAGUAUUAAAAAUUACGGGAGGAAAAGGCGUUGACGUUGUUUAUGAUCCUGUAGGAUUGAUUCAACCUUCUAUUAAAUGCAUUGCAUGGAAUGGAAGACUCAUUGUGAUUGGGUUUACAGGUGGUAACAUUGAAAAGUUACCAUUAAACCUCGUUUUACUCAAGAAUAUUUCAGUCAUCGGUUUACAUUGGGGAGCAUAUACGAAAAAUGAGCCAGAACGUAUUGAAGAAGUAUGGAAUGAUUUAUUAAAUUUAUUGGCUAGUAGAAAGUUAAAACCUGUCAUUUAUGAAAAAAUUUUUUAUGGGUUGGAUAGCAUAAAAGAUGGUUUAAAAGCUAUUGCAAGUAGGAAAACUUAUGGUAAAGUUAUUGUUAUUCCUAGUGGUGCUAAAUCUAGUAAACUUUAA